AACAGACAUUGUUCGUAUACAGCGAAAUGGCGGAGGCUGCUCUGGCACUCUGCUGUCCGGUCUGUCUGGAUGUUCCCAGGAAUCCCGUGACAAUUCCCUGUGGACACAGUUACUGUAAGAGCUGUAUUACAGGCUGCUGGGAUCUGGAGGAUCAGAAGAGUGUCUACAGCUGCCCUCAGUGCAGACAGACCUUCAGUCCAAGACCUGCUCUCAAAACAAACACAGAUCUGGCCGAGAAACUGAGGAAUCUGGUGCCUGAAGCCUCUAUCUGUUACGCUGAGCUCGAUGAUGUGCCGUGUGAUGUCUGCACAGGGAGAAAAUGCAAAGCUGUGAAAUCUUGCUUGGUGUGUGUGGUGUCCUUCUGUGAGCUCCACCUGAAGCCUCACCGUGUGUCUCCAGCAUACGAAGGCCAUAAAUUAGUCACGGCAUCCUGUAAGAUCAAGGAGAUGAUUUGUCCUACUCAUAAGAAGCCGCUGGAGAUUUACUGCAAGACAGAGAAGCAGUUUGUGUGUUUACUUUGUGUUCUGAAGGAACACAGAGAGCAUGACAUUGUGCCUGCUGCAUCUGAAAGACAAUCUAAACAGAGAGAGAUUGAAGAGAUGCAAAGGAACUCGGAAAAGAGAAUUCAGAGAAGAGAGUGCGAAUUAACCAAACUCACAACAUUAAUGGAGACAAUCCGAAGCUCUGCCCGGGAAGCAGUGGACGACAUGGAGAAACUCUGUAUUGAGCUGACAGACUGCAUUAAAGCUCAAAGCCUUGAGAUCACGCAUCUGAUCAGAGCUCAGGAGGAGACCACCUUCUGUCAGGCUGAGUCAGUUCAAGAGCAGCUCCAGCAUGAGAUUUCAGAGAUUCAGCAGAGAUGCUGACCUUCAGAUGCUUUUACGUUCUGAGGAUGACUUCCUGUUCCUCCAGAGUAUUAGGUCUCUGUCAAAUCCUCCAAUGUGUGAAAAUUCACCCAGAGUUAAUUUGAGUCAUCACGGCUUCUUUGGACAUGUGAGGAAAUCGGUCUCUGAGAGAAAAAACAGAAUAAUGGAUUUACUUGAGGAGAGUCACAUGCAGUUAUCUGAGAA